AUGGAGGGCGAAAGUGUCUUUGCACGUAUUGCGGAGAUUUAUUCCAAGGCAGGCAUGGCAUCUAAGGCGGCUCGCUGGUAUCAGCAAAUGGCAUCUUUCGGUUUGAAGCCGACCCUGGGCCAAGUGAGACAGACUGGGCCCGAUCCCGCAGAUCGGCCAGUGGAGCGCUCUCAGCAAACUGGGAAGCAUGCCCAACAUGCCAUUUUUCAGGCGGGAGUACGUGGUAUCAAAGACUGGAUGUAUGCUGUGCCGUCGGAGAGGGCUCUGAAGCAGCUGCGGACAUGGCGCCGUGACUCAAUGGUGUCAUUCUCUGGGCGAGCUGUGAUGUCAUCACAGAUGGAAUCGAAGAUCCUGGAGUUGUGCGAUCAGAAGGAACCUCAUCUUGCAGAACUGCAACUGCAACCCAUGCUUCAAGCGAUUCAAUCGGAUGCAGCGCUGCCCUUAUCCACUGCCGAGGCCGCAGCCCGGAUCAUCAGCUGCUACGUCGAAGAAGGAAGCUGGCCAGGUCUUUUCCGGGCCGAAAUCUUCAUGGAGCGGUUGAUUUCAUUCAGGCAGCACGAGGAGUCUGUCAGAGCCGUCAUUGUUGGGGCCGGCGAAAGGCUGCUCGAAGCAUUCCUGGCUAAAGGAUGCACCCUCCACGCAGAACUUUUGCUGGUCCAGCUGCUGCAUGUGGGAUAUCACGGCUUGAGAGAUUUGAGAGGCCAAAUCUGCGAACAGUUGUCCGAAACUGAUGUGCUGAAGGCCGAGUCUUGGAUGGUCGCAUGGAUGCAUGAACAUGUCACGGCUGCAACAGUUCCCAAACCUCAGUCGAAGCAUAUUGCAGCUCUUUGCCGUGGCUUCACUCGGAAUCCUCUCACAUACUUCAAGGCCUCAAUCUGGAUAGAAUUGGCUCUAGAGAGCCAGAUACGCUUGAAUGUAACCGACUUCGAGCCAAUACUUGAAUGCAUGUUCCGAACAAAACGAUUGAAGGAGCGACCUUACAUUCUGCGCAGUCUCGUUUGCACAUGUUUUGAUCAUGACCAUAUAUCGCUGGCGGAAAAGUUGGUGGACUUGAGCAUUGCCCAUGGGCUUGACACUCAGCAGACCUUAUCUGUGUUCAUCGCAGAAAAGGCCCAGCAUGGACGCAUCGAUGCAGUCCCCUGGAUAGGCAAGAUGCUUGAUCGCAGGCUCGUGCCAGAUGCACAAACCUUUGUUGUUGGCAUCCGUGCGGAAAGGGACCUUGCAGUUGCAAGCGAGCUCCUUGCAAUUAUGGAUGCCAACAUGCUUGAAACUAACACCUUUGUUUAUUCAGCUGUGAUUGCUGCCUGCGCCGAAGCGGAUGCUGCAGACUUGGCCCUGGCUUGGUUUACUGAGGCGAAGGCCGCAGAUGUCCAUCCCAAUCAGCCUUGCUACAAUGCCCUUCUAAACGCGCAAGCGCGCUGUCAACAGGCAGAUGCUGCUGUGCAUUGGCUUAAAGAUAUGGAAGGCAACAGCAUCCGUGCAGAUGUGAUCAGCUACAAUUCUGUUAUUUCUGGAUUUGCUGGGACGGGGAGAGAUGCAGUAUCCAAAGCUGAAUCUGUCAUCCACGAAAUGCAGGCCUUCUCUGUCACGCCCAGCGCGCAGACCUACGGCAGCUUGAUUCAUGUCGCAGCCAGAUCUGGAGAUGUGCGCUCAGCCGAAGCCUGGUACGUACGAAUGGUGAAGGCAGGCUUGCGAGUCGAAUGCCGCACAUUGAGGAUGUUGAUGGAUGCAGCCGCGACUGCUGGCGAUGUUGCAAGAGCAGAAUGGUGGUGGGCAGCAGCGAACAGAAUGGGUGAACCGCAGCAGAUCGAGUACAACACCCUCAUGAAAUCCUAUGCAAAAGCACGUCAGGUCCGGAAGGCAGAGGAUCUCUUCCUGAGCAUGUCCCAACGCUGCAAGCCCAGUGAGGUCACGUUUGGUAUCCUCAUGGAAGGGCGAGCCUCUAUUGGAGAUGUUGAUGGUGUGAGGUUUUGGCAGGAGAGGUUUCGUGAGACUGGAGGUGAACUCGGCCUGGUCAUGUACAAUCUCUUUUUUAAAGCUUGUGGGGAGGCACGGCCCAAAGGCUGCAGGGCAGCUGAAGAGAUGCUGAGAUCGAUGGUUGACAACACGGUCCGGCCAAACUUUAUCAGCCUGAGGACACUAGCAUACGUUCUCGGGAAGCCGGAAGCACAGAAUCUGUGUAGCAGUCUCCGUCUGGAUUGGAAUACAGAACGGCCCGGCCAGGGCGUUUUGUCGCUUCGCAGCACGGAGAAGGGAGCAAGUCCGACAAAAUUGAAUUGCGAAGCUGGUCUCAGAGAGCGGGAAACGGAGAGCAAGGUCGCGACUCUUCUCGCCUUGCAUUUUUGCCUCAGCUGUUUGGCUCUGUUUUCAGCGGAGCCUUAG